AAUAAACUGACAUAUAAAAUAAAAGCAGUUUCCAAUACUAAGCACAUUCGAAAAGUUUUCUUGGCUUGAAGUGUUGACCGGUUUUUUUAACAGGUAAAACUAACAUUUAUUAGGUUACAUUCUAUAUUUCUACUAAAAAGUUUCUGAACAAUUUUGAAAAUGGACAAACAAGUAGAAAGUGAUUAUUCUUCAAACACUGAUGCAGGCCCAAAUCAGGAUCUUGAAUAUAAAAGUGACGAUGAAAACGCGCAAUUCUUUUCUGUGGAUAAAUAUGGUGAUUCCGUAUAUAAUGGUUUGCCAAUGUCAAUGGUUGAUCGUGUUAGUGCUGCUUGUGAAGAUUCAACUGAAAAUCCGCAAUCAUCCACUACAAAUUCCGAAAGCGUUGAAUAUCUGAAAUGUGCGGCUUGUUGUAAACCAAUGCGUAAUCCACGUUAUUUAUCCUGUUUACAUCCUUUUUGUGAAGACUGCAUUCAGCUCGUACCGUUUGAACAAACUGUGUCAAUGGGUGAAAAUAAAAAUUCUGUAAAGUCUGUCUAUCAUAUACACUGCAAAGUCUGUAAACAGAUCACAAAGGUUGGUGAUGAGGGUGUUAACGAACUCGUUAGUGGUAAUGGCUUUAAGACCUUAAUGGCUACGUCCAAAUUGGGUACAUGUUAUGUUUGUGCUAAAUUGCUAGAUCUUGUUGCCUAUUGCAAUGAAUGUCGUGCUGAUCUGUGCUCCACAUGUGACAAUGCUCAUAAACUUCUGUACUGCUAUGAAAAUCAUACAACUGUUAAAUUUGCCGAUAGGAAGAAAGAGAAAAUCGAUGAACUUCUUUGCUGCGCUCGUCAUCCAGAUUGUAAAUUGUGUUUCUAUUGUUAUGAUUGUGAAAUUCCUAUUUGCAAGGAAUGCUUUCGUGAAUCGCAUAAAGGUGCGAAACAUAAUUGCGAUAUUAUUGCUUUUGCUCAAAAAAGAGAACGUAAUGAUAUUGAACUCCUGAUGAAUAAGGCCACCUCAAAGUCAAAUAAUUAUGUGGAAUUCGCGAAUAUAUCAAAUGCUGUGUCGGAGAUGGAACAAUCUGGUCAACGUGCUUGUGAUAAAAUUGUCGACACUUAUAGAACUAUGGAGCAUAUACUUGCGAAAUUUCGAGAUAUCGCAUUAAAGAACUUGGAUGAAAAUUUUCAACUACAAAAGGAUGAACUUAUUCUCACAGCAGCCAAGGUUGAAAAUGAAAACGAUGAGGAUGGCAGUAAGAAGAAAAUACCGACGAAUAUUAAAAAUGAAAUUAUGCAAAACAAAUCUACACCAAUUCUUAACACAAACGUUGAAGCAUAUUUUAAUAAGAUUGCUGACUGCUUUGGUAAAGUAAAGGUUACAGAAACAGUAGCUGGUUCCAAAACUAAUAGCCCUAUAAGUCCUCAAAGAACUAGCAGUCCUUUGCCGGAUACAAUGCGUGGUGGAUUUGAGGGGAGUCUCUCUUCUGUAGAAAAUAGUUUCACUUUACCAAAUGAUUUGACACAAUCGUCCGUAAUGUCCACAAAUAAAGAUAAUACCAACAAAAGCGGCAGCAGUGAGGACGAACUGGAAGUUAAAGACAUGUAUAAAAAAAUAGCUAACAAUUCGUCCUUAAAUGUCAAUGCCCCUAUUUUUUGUAUGAGAGAUAGUAGCGCAUCUUCAGAUACGUUUAUAAUGCCUCUAAAAUUUGGUGCAAAGAAUUCGUUUUUUAAUCACUCAAAAAAUAAUUGGCAGUUAGCAAAAUUAGAUGGAGAUAUGCUACUAACUUCUCAAUAUGGCAAACGUUUGAAAAAAGUGAUGUAUACUGCAUCUGAUGUUAAACCGUUGAAUGUUCGAUUUAUGUUCGGUGUACACGGUUUUAACAAAUUGCAGUUUAACAUUCCACAUGGAUUCUGUUUAAGCAAAGAUGAUGACAUCGUUGUGGCUGAUACAAAUAAUCAUCGCAUUGUUGUCUAUGAUAAACAUGCAAAUUUCAAGUUUCAAUUUGGUGUGCCUGGUAAAGAGGAAGGUCAAUUAUGGUUUCCACGUAAGGUCACAACUUUGCCCACAAACAAGAAGUUUGUAGUCUGCGAUCGUGGAAGUGAACGUUCCCGCAUGCAAAUAUUUUCCAGAACUGGACAUUUCCUACGCAAAGUUUCAAUACGAUAUAUAGAUAUUGUUGCUGGUUUGGCUAUAACAUCUAAAGGACAUAUAGUCGCUAUAGAUAGUGUUUCACCUACAGUAUUUAUUAUAUCAGAAGAAGGUGAUUUGCUCCAUUGGUUUGAUUGUACCGAAUAUAUGUGUGAACCAUCUGAUGUGGCUACUAGAAAUAUGGAGAUUUACAUAUCGGAUUUUAAGGGUCAUAGUGUUUCGAUUUUUAAUGAAGAUGGCAGAUUCUUGUAUCGUAUUGGUGGUCCAGAUAUUACAUGCUUUCCAAAUGGAAUUGACAUAUCUGCACAGGGUUGUAUUUUGGUCGGAGACUCGCAUGGAAAUCGUUUUCAUGUUAAUUGCUUUUCUCGAGAAGGAGAACAAUUGGCUAAAUAUGAAUGUCCUUUAAUUAAGGUUUCACGUUGUUGUGGCUUAAAGUUAACUUCGGAGGGCUACGUGGUAACAUUAGCCAAAAAUAAUAACACCGUCCUAUUGUUUGCUUUGCAGAAGUGAAAAAAUAACAAAGCUUUCUUCUCAAAUUAAUCAAGAAGUAAUCAAGUUUCAACAUUUCAAGUAAUUUCAAGUUCAAGAAAAUCAAGAAUUCUAACAAUUUUUUUUUUACUAUUCUUUUCAUAUUGUUCAGUUUUGCUACUUAAAAUUUUUUUU